GGCAUGCAAGAACACGCGGCAUGGUUCCCAUUGAAGCCAUUGUUCUAUGCCUUCCACCCACCAGAGAAUUCCACGCUUCACCUUAUAACCAAAACCAAUCGCUCCCCUUUCCCAUAUUCCUUCGUUUCUUUCAAGCUCCUCUUCUUCUUCUUCUUCUUCCUCCAUUCCCAUGGCUUCCCAAGAACUCAAACACCGGGUCACACACGAUGCAGACACCAAAGCAGGAGGAGGAACAACAACAACAACUAUCGAGCUCCAUGUCACGUGCCAACCACCACAUGGAUCACAAGACUCCCUUCUGGUUCCCGCCCUCGUGGGCCCUACACCUAACUUUACCCGCUUCGGGCUUCCUGAUGGGCCUCUCGGCCUGGAUGGUUUGGGCCGAAGGAGGAUUCCACAAGCACCCCGUAGCUGUGGUGCUCUACGUGGCUCAGCUCCUCUUAACGGUUCUGUGGGACCCGCUUGUGUUCGGUGCAGGUGCUUCGAGGGUGGGCAUGGUGCUGUGCCUGGGUCUGUUUGGGUGCCUGUAUGGGUGCAUGCGUGUGUUUAAGCAGGUCAACCAUGUUGCUGCUGAUUUGAUAAAGCCUUGUUUGGCUUGGACCGCUUUUCUCUCCAUUGUAAAUCUUAAGCUCCUUUCUGCCUAAUCAUACUUUUAAUUAGAGAUUAACCAGAUCAAUUACGUUUUCUUAAUUAGGUACCUUCAUACAAACCCCCUUGUAAAUAUUAAAUAAUAUUAUAUUCCCUGUGCUUUUUUGGUGGUCUGCUUGUUUCCUUUGUAAGUUUUGUGUGUGUGUAAAUCUUAAAUAUGUAUAUGCUUAAAGUUGUCUUAUUAUGAGGUAAGAACUACUAAUAUUGUGUUUUAAA